AUGCUUCAGCUUCACCUUGAGAGAGCGGCAGCCAAUGGCGGUGCUACCGUCAGUCCGCCUCUACCGCAGGUGGCAGGCUAUGUUGUCGUCAUUGGGAUUGGCUUCCUGAUUGCAUUCAUCAUGAUGUUUGCGACACACCUGCUGAAGAAGACGGUUGGUGAAGACAACAGGACGACAGAGAUGUUCAUGACGGCGAACCGCUCUGUCGGGACGGGGCUGACGGCUUCAGCCGUGGUAUCAUCCUGGCUCUGGAGCACGGCCAUGCUGGGAAGCACGCUUGUGGGCUACAACUUUGGGGUUGCGGGACCGUUCUGGUUUGCUGCUGGGUGCUCUCCCAUGAUUGUCUUCUUUGCCCUGCUGGGCAUAGCAUGCAAGCUGCGGGUACCGGAGGCUCACACCUUGCUCGAGAUUGUGAGGGUACGAUAUGGCAUUGCGGGACAUGUUGUGUGGAUUGCGCUGUGCUUGAUCAACAACAUUAUUGCCAUUGCCAAUAUGCUCCUCGGAGCAAGUGCAGCCAUAUCAGCGCUCACCGGGAUGCAUGAGAUCGCGGCAACAUUUUUGCUUCCCGUUGGUGUCAUUCUCUACACCUUUGUUGGCGGCAUCAAGGCAACCUUCUUGACCGACUACUUCCACACGUUCGUCAUCACGGUCAUCAUCUGCUUCUUCACGAUCAAGACUUUUACUGUUCCGGAGAUUGGCUCUCCGGGUGGCCUUUAUGAGCUCGUUGUUCAGGCUGGCAAGGCCCAUCCCGUGCCUGGCAACCAUGAUGGCUCCUACGUGACAAUGACCAGCAAGAAUGCCAUCCUCUUUGGCAUAAUCCACAUCCUGGCCAACUUUGGUCUCGUAAUCAUGGACACUGGCUUCUUCGCAAAAGCCUUUAGUGCUGCUCCUCAAGCAGUCGUCCCCGGAUACAUCAUCGGCGGCAUUGCUUACUUUGCAAUCCCCUGGUGUCUCGGCACUCUGAUGAGCUUCUCAGCUCUCGGCCUAGAAAACACACCACGCUUCCCCACGUUCCCCCGAAGGAUGACUUCAGACGAAGUCUCCAACGGCCUUGUCAUGCCCUAUGCUGCCUUUGCCAUUGCGGGCAAGGGAGGAGCUGUUGCAGUCCUGUUGAUCACCUUCAUGGCUGUUACAUCGACUAUUAGUGCUCAGGUCAUAUCGGUUUCUUCCAUCAUCAGCUUUGACAUCUAUCGACAAUACUUUAACAAGGCGGCAACAGACAGAGACGCCAUUCGAUGGAGCCACAUAGGCGUCGUCUUCUUCGGGCUGUUUUCCGCGGCAUUCUCAACAGCUCUCUUCUACGGAAACGUGAACCUCGGGUGGACGCUGUACAUGCUCGGCGUCCUGACAUGUCCCGGAAUCUUCCCUACCGUCUUCACCAUUCUCUGGAAGCGACAGUCUCGAGCUGCCGCCGUCAUCUCUCCACUCUUGGGCAUGGCCACGGGCAUCUCGGUCUGGCUCGGCACGGCACACACUUUGUAUGGCGAAGUCACCGUGGCUUCAACCGGACAAACCGUGCCCUGCGUCUACGGAACGGUGGCAUCAGCGCUAAGCCCUGGGCUUUAUUCCAUCGUCAUCUCGCUCGUUAGGCCGGCCAAUUACGACUGGGCAGACUUCCGAAAGGAGCGGCUGGCAUUUGGCAGGACAAGCGGCUCCUCUGAUCCUCAAGCUGCUGGUGACUCCAAGUCCCCUGCAGUAACUGAGUCGGGCUACUUGGAGGACGCCGCCAAGUUUCGGAAAUGGGGGAAGAUUGCUGCUUUCUGGGCAGCAGCAACGUUCUUGGGCCAUUGGGUAUUCUGGCCGCUUCCCAUGUAUGCUUCUCACUACGUCUUCUCCAAAGGCUUCUUUGUCGCUUGGAUUGUUGUCGCCAUCAUUUGGGUCUGGUGCACAAUGCUGAUUGCUGGGUUCUAUCCGAUCAUUGACGGUCGAAAGCAAAUACUGCUGGUGUACCGUGGAUUGAGGGGAAUCAGAAGAAAUGUCUCAGCUUUUAGCUAG